CGUCUGCUACCUACACUGCGUUGACUGUAUCGUCGAUGGUCGUCAGCUUCGCCAAAUUAUUUUGCCCGAAUAGUCCCAGAUAUUUUGAACUAGCAAACCGAGUGAAAUGAAAAAAUUGAAUAAGUGCAUAUGGGUAUUAAUCGAUAUUUUUUGUAGACAAUAACUAGUAGACUUGGGUUACUAUUUAAAGCGAUAUCAAAACUAUACUGAAUACAAAAUUGAACCUAUAAAUUCUAGUUAUUUUUUUUUCGCUCACGUGAAAGCAGUGACGUUGACGUCUGACUCGUAUAGAAAAAAUAUUUCCUCUUUUAGUUACAUAGUUACAUUUCAAAGAACCGUGUAUUUAUUACCUAGGUACGAGAUUUUGACAGCUUCUGCGAUCUGCAGCGCAGCAUAGAUGAAUUGACGUCAGUCUCCACGCAAAAUCUUUCGAAUCGAGCUUUUCCUCACCGAGUGGCGAGAUAUAUGUCGUGGAAAAGCUUUACGGGACCGUUCGGUAUUUUUAUUACAAGCAUUAGCAUUAGCAUUAGAUAGAGAAUCAUGCCUGGAGAACCACCAGUUACCACAGGCAAUAAGUCCAGUGGCAAAGUCAAGAGAAUCUCAAUCCCUCGAGUACAGAGCAGCACAGACACAGAGUUACAAUCUCAGCAGAGCGGCUCAACUCCUCUUCAACCCACUGCAUUGCACUACGUUAGCUUCCGCUCUGAUAUCGAGGACAGUCCUAUUCCUCCGGUGCUCCGUUCCAAGUUGUUAGACCUAUUUCAACAAAUAGAGAAGGAAUUCGAGAUGCUCUGCACAGAGAACACUGGCUUACAAGAGAAGAUAGAAGCAUUGAACGAGAGACUGGAAAGAGAGUGCUAUGGAUCAGGAGAACGUAGUCUACCACCAGGAGACUUUCAAGAUUUUACUGAUAGCAAAAAUCUUUCCAAACAGAAAUCCUUGGGUGGAAGCUCUGCUCAUAAAGUAAAGACUUCGCACAAACUAAAGGCUCAGACAAGUAAGAUAGUAUCCAGUUUUAAAAAUCCUACCAUGACUUGUAGCAUGCAAAGAGAGUAUAGAGGCCACAGAGAUGGUGUCUGGGAAGUUUCUGUGGGUAGGUCUAGCCAACCAAUUAUUGCAACAGCAUCUGCUGAUCAUACAGCCCGAGUAUGGGCUAUGGAUAGCUGUCGCUGCUUAUUGCAAUACACAGGUCACAGUGGUUCAGUUAAUUCUGUGAGAUUCCAUCCUACAAGAGACCUAGCACUUUCAGCGAGUGGUGAUUGUUCUGCUCAUGUGUGGCAAGCAGCGGUGAACUGGGAUCUACCAAAGAGACCAUCCUUGGAGGAUUUGGGAACUGCUGGCAGUGAUAGAGGUAUUGGUGGAGAUAACUGUCCUCCUCUAGAAGAAGAUUCUGCACCUACUCUGAGAACUCCAGUCAAAGAGCUGCUUGGACAUACUGGAGUUGUGACUGCUGCCGAUUGGCUUUUUGGAGCCGAACAAAUAGUAACUGCUUCUUGGGACAGAACUGCUAAUCUAUAUGAUGCUGAAUCUGGGGAAAUUAUUCACACCCUCUGUGGACAUGACCAAGAACUGACUCACGUUUCAGUGCAUCAUGCUCAAAGAUUGUGUGUUACUUCUAGUCGAGAUAGCACUUUCCGUUUGUGGGAUUUCAGAGAACCCAUCCACUCUGUAUCAGUUUUCCAAGGCCACACAGAAACUGUUACUUCAGCUGUAUUUACAAGAGAGGACAAAAUAGUAUCAGCAUCAGAUGACAGGAGCGUUAAAGUUUGGGAACUGCGAAAUAUUCGAAGCCCCUUAGCCACCAUUCGCGCGGACAGUUCAGCAAACAGGUUGGCUGUGUCUAGUGCCGGAAUAGUCGCUAUUCCUCACGAUAAUAGGCAGAUUCGUCUGUUUGACUUAAGUGGACAACGACUAGCAAGAUUACCAAGAACAAGUAGACAGGGCCACCGACGAAUGGUCUGCUCAGUGGCUUGGGCUGAAGACAACAGUAGCACCUGCAAUCUCUUCUCCUGUGGUUUCGACAGGCUCGUGCUUGGAUGGAGCAUUUUACCGGUAAAGGAUGCUUGAGACACGUUUCGCGAUCGUCGUCAAUUAAUGACCUUAAGCUUGCAACAGAGUCACAUUGGCGGUCGAUAAGUAAAGUUCAGGUAUUAUAUUGUAAACGUAGUUAUGAGCCAAAAGUCCACCAGCCAGUCCAAUCAAAGACCCAGUUCUUCCACUCUCACAGACAACUAAAAGAACAAAACGAACACAUAUUUAUGCAAAAUGAUUGUUAGAUUCUUUUUAUGAGGGCAAUGCUAAGAUUUUUAUUUGUACACUGGUCGAUAGCAAGGGAAAAAAGGGGGUUAGGCAAUUUAAUAUCUCGUAUAGAGGCAUUAAAAAUAAAUAAAAAUUUAACUUGGAAUGUCAAAGUGACUGUAAUUAAAGUAAAAAAUUGUGUAGAUAGAUGCUAUUUAUAUGUAUUAUGUGCCAUUGGUAUUUAUUAUAGUUAUUAAAGAAAAAUGUACGUGGUGAUAAAAAACCAACCAAGCAUAUAAAGUUAUUCCCGUUAUGUACGAUGCGUGUUUUGCGAUCAAAAUACAUAAAUCAAAAUAUAAAUGUUCAAAAGGUAUAAUUGCUUGAUGAAUUUGUAGCAUUUAAAAAAUGAGUAGUAAGAUAUGAAAAAUAAAAUUUGAAUGAUAGUAUACUGAAAAGAUAUGAUAAUGAAUAUAAUAAUUUGCAUUUAACAGACAAUAAUCACAUGCCAAAUUAUUUGCAAAUUUAAGCAGAAACUGUAAUAUUUAGAAACAUAAAAGUAUCUAUAAAUUAUAAUCACAAAUUUUACUUAAUAACAAGCAGUAAGUACUUGAUAUUUAUAUCUUACGUGACCUAUCGAAAAUACAUGCUUCACUAACACAUUUCCUGCACAAUGAAGGCUGUUGUAUUUAAAUUGAUAACGUUUAAAGUUGUUAUCUAUUUAUUUUCUAUAAUGUAUCAAAUAUAAUAUAUUCCCGCAGAUCUAGCAAUGUAAAUUAUACAAACAAUAUAGAACUGUCAAAUAGAUAAUUUUGAACGGAA